AUGGGGGUGUGUUUGACCAUCGCUUGCUACCUGAUUACAUUCUCCCCUUCAGCAGCACUAUUCUGUCGUUUUGUUGCCAAGGAUCCGCUGCGGAUAAUUCUAUUCGUUUUGGGUGCUUUCUUCUGGUUGGCAUCUUUACUUCUGAGUUCUUUCAUUUGGUUGGCGAUUUCAAUGUUAGGAGAUGCUCUUCCAAUAACUCUAGUUUGUUCAAUAUUUUUGCAAGAUGCAGCUCGUAUUUUCUACUUUUGGCUGCUGAAGAAGGCGCAGAGAGGUCUGAAUAAAAUUACCCGUCCUGGCACAACAUCGAUUGCUCCUGGAGUUUCAGAUCUACACAACGCAAGGCACAUGCUUGCUCUGGUAUGUGGCCUCGGUAUGGGAGUGAUGGCUGCGCUUGUGCUAACAAUGAAUGUUUUCGCCGAAUUUGCUGGUCCUGGCACAAUUGGUCUUCCUCGUGCUAUGGAAAUAAAUAAUCGUGACGUUAAAACCGCUGGGACACAGCUUCCUCUCUAUUAUGCUUUGUCGGGAUGUCUCACCUGUCUAUUUAACGUGGUCUGGACCAUAAUGGUAAGUCACCUAAAGUUACAUCAUCAAUACUCAACACUGUAA